AUGCUGUCUUUAGGAUGCGUGAGCAUCAUAAACGUUCUAAGGAAGGAAAACCUGAGAGACCUGCUGAAACCCCUCACUAAAGCGGAUGAUAGUGAGCUGACCGUAAGCCUGGAGGAAAUCCAAGUGGACGAAGCAGACAACCUUACGGCUCAAACAAUUGCAGUAAAGCUUGCAGGUGCCGAAGCAGCUACUUGUAAUUUGCGCGAAACUGCGGGUACGGAAAAGUAUACCGGCGUGGUAAUUCCCUCCGCACAUAAUACAGAUUUCGACUGUAACGCUUUGAUCCAGGCAACUUACACAGCGGGGCUUCCCCAUCUCGAAGAGUCGAACUUCGACCCAACGACAAGCAAAUAUGUUAUAGAAGCACCCUUUAAUAAUGUGGCAGUCAGCACUGUCGCAUUUUUGCUGUCGGCAAAAAGCGCAAAGGUCUCUUGCGCCGCCACCAAAGAUUGCUAA